UGACAACCAUUAUUUGCUCUGUGAACACAACGGCUGUGAUUUUGUGACGAAGGAAUAUUUCUAUUAAUUGUUUAUUGUUGUCAUUACAAUUAGUGAUCAAUACGGUAUCUCCGUGCAGUGUUAUUAUCUUCCUGUUGUUGAAGCAUAAGAGGAUUGUUUCCACAAUGCCGCGCGUGUAUAAGCCGAAACCAGGAGGCAAACGUUAUAAAAGAUAUGAUCUAGCGACCAUUAACAAAGCAGUGGAGGAGUAUCAUACGGGCAUUGACUCAUUGAAAAAAAUAGCUGCAAAGUACAACAUGCACCCGUCUGUGUUGUACCGCCAUAGUAAAGGACUUCUAAAACAACAAGGUGGACAGCCAGCUCUUUCGCUUGAAACAGAAAAUUAUAUUAUCGAAUAUAUAAACGUUUGUGCCGAAUGGGGCUACCCAAUGGACUCACUAGAUUUGAGAUAUAUUAUUAAAAUGUAUCUUGACAAACUUGGGGUUACCAAUACACGAUUUAAAAAUAACAUGCCGGGGCCUGAUUUUGUGCAGUGCUUUUUAAAUCGUCAUAAAGACAAAAUCUCACAACGAAUUUGUCAAAAUAUAAAAAGAUCCCGGGCUGCUGUAUCACCUGAAACAAUCACGAGUUUUUUCGAAGAACUAGAGAAGUCAUUGGUCGAUGUUCCAGUGACGAACAUUAUCAAUUAUGAUGAAACGAACCUCGCCGUAGACCCUGGGCAAAGAAAAAUACUGACAAAAAGAGGAACUAAAUACCCAGAGCGUAUUAUGAAUCACUCAAAAUCGAAUGUUUCUAUUAUGAUGGCUGGUACAGCAGCCGGGGACCUAUUGCCACCUUACGUGGUUUAUAAGGCCCAAAAUUUAUACGACACAUGGGUUUCACGCGGACCACGUGGUGCACAGUAUAAUAGGUCUGUUUCGGGGUGGUUUGACGGAAAUACGUUUGAAGAUUGGAUCCAGACCAUAAUCAUCCCGUAUUUUGAAGACAAACCAGGCAGAAAACUGCUUAUAGGUGACAAUUUGUCGUCACAUAUAUCGGUGGAUAUGGUUAAGCUGUGCAAAGAAAAACAAAUCGAUUUUGUGUUUUUGCCAGCAAACGCCACUCAUUUAAUGCAGCCGCUUGAUGUAGCUUUUUUCAGACCAAUGAAAAUAGCUUGGCGGGAGAUUCUUCUCAAAUGGAAGAAAACCGAUGGUUAUAACGAGAUAUGUGUGCCAAAAGGGUGUUUUCCACAAUUAUUAAAACUCUUGAUGGAAACGAUUCAGGAUAAUGCAGUUUCAAAUUUAAAAUCUGGUUUUAAAAAGACGGGUAUUGUACCAUUUGACCCCACACAAGUUUUGAACCGAAUACCAAACGAAAUAAAUGACACGGAGAGACAUAAGGAAGCAAUGGAUCAAUCAGUAAUAAAUUUAUUAAAUAACAUGCAAUAUGAUACAAUUGCUGUUAAAGAUAUAAAAAGGAAGCGAAAGAUAAAUGUGGUUGCAGGAAAGAGUGUUGGUGAAGAUUUUUUACAAGCAGAGGAAGAUCGUGACACUGAAAAUGUUGCGGGUUCUAGUACAUCCAAGAAAAAGAAUUGUUUAGAACAAAAUAAAUCUAAUAAAAUAAAAAAAUUGACAGAGAAGGAAAAUAAGCCACAAGAAAGAAAAAAACCUGAAACAAGUGUAAAAGGAAAAGGAAUAGGAAAAAAAACAAAACAAAAAGAAAGCACACCUAUGACAGAAAGUUUUUCAAAUAUUCCAAUAUUUAAUGCAGACGAACUGGAAUGUGGAGGAGAGUUAGAAAUUGAAGACGUGCCACUAAGCGAUUCACUUCUUUUUGAUUGUAGAUCAGAUGAAACUUUAGAAAUGGGAAACAGUUGCAAUACGCAAUUCAUAUUAGACCAAGUUAAUAAAACUGAGUGUGAAACUAGCAAUAAUGAAAUAAAAGUACCACAAUCACAAGUUUCCGAUGAUGCCGCCUUAGGAAAUAAAAAGAAAACAGUGAAAAUACUAAAAAUAAUCUAUCUUUAUUAACCAAAACCAAAAUAUUCAAACUUUACAUUGUUAAUGUGAUAACAGUAGGAUUAGUUUACAAGGUUGCUAGUACAGUGAUAUCCAAACAAGCCUGUUAUCUAUAUCUUCAAUCUUGGACAUCAGAAACGGAGUACAGGUCACUUUAUUACGACGAAUUAUACAGUACAUCAAUAAUUAUGUUUAAUAGUAUUAUCUAUAAUAUAAAAAUGAAUCGCAAAUUGUGUUGGUAAGCGCAUAACUCGAGAACAACUGAACCGAUUUCGUUAAUUCUUUUUUUAUUACAUU